AUAUGGCAGUACUCUGGAUUCUUCCACACUCCGGAGAACGCCAGGAGAGCGAGAGCACCGCGCGCAGAAAACGGACUACUGUAUUCCUGAAAGAAGACAGCGUUGAGGAGUUUGGACACUAGUUUAAAAAAAAUGAGUAUACGGGACUAAACAGCACGGAAUUGAUAAGUAAACACACGAAGUGAUACUUUGAAAGCUAAUAUUCCAUUUGAAAACAGCCGGACAUAGGCUACAACACUCAAAGACCCCAGGAGCGGCGUGUGCAAGAGUUGACGGGAGCCAUGCAGCACUACGGAGUGAAUGGAUAUUCUCUCCACGCCAUGAACUCGCUAAGCGCCAUGUACAACCUCCACCAGCAGGCGGCGCAGCAGGCCCAGCACGCCCCUGACUACCGGCCGUCAGUGCACGCGCUCACCCUGGCAGAGAGGCUGGCUGACAUCAUCCUCGAGGCCCGGUAUGGCUCCCAGCACCGAAAGCAGCGACGCAGUCGCACAGCCUUCACUGCCCAGCAGCUGGAGGCCCUAGAAAAGACCUUCCAGAAGACCCACUACCCUGACGUGGUGAUGCGUGAGCGCCUGGCCAUGUGCACCAACCUGCCAGAGGCCCGUGUACAGGUGUGGUUCAAAAAUCGCCGCGCCAAGUUCCGCAAGAAGCAGCGCAGCCUGCAGAAGGAGCAGCUCCAGAAACAGAAGGAGGCCAACGGAGAGGUGGGUGACAAGGAGGAUGUCAAGACCAAAGACACCUCCACCGCAAGUGUGCCCUCCACCCAGAGCCCUCCACCUCCCUCCUCCUCCACUUCCUCCUCCCUCUUGGAGUCAAUGCAGCCCCAGCCUGCAGAGAUGAACGUGGAGGUGAACGUCACCUCCCCGGAGCCCUCAGACAGCGAGUCGGCCGCCGAAGACAUUGGUGAGGGAGAGGAAGAGCUGAGGAGGGAGAGGCUGCAGGAGGAAACGCAGCAGCAGCUUCAGGGGGAGAUGCAGCAGAGGGAUGCAGGGCUGCAGCCGGGAGGCAGCUCUCCGUCCUGCAAACGCCUCAGCCCCACACCAGACUCUCCCCUGGGCUCACCCUCCCUCCCUUCUUCCAGUGGUGGCAUGGGCAGCAGUGGUCUGUCCCAGGGCUCCUACGCCUCGUCCCCCCUCAGCCUCUUCCGCCUGCAGGAGCAGUUCCGCCAGCACAUGGCUGCCACCAACAACAUGGUCCACUACCCCUCCUUUGACAUGGGUACCCCCUCCUCCCUGCCCUACCUAGGCAUGAACGUCAACAUGCCCUCCCCCCUGAGCUCCCUGCCCUGCCAAUCCUACUACCAGUCCAUGUCCCAGGCAUCCCUGUCCCAGGCCCAGCAGGUGUGGAACAGCCCCCUGGCAGGUCUCCAGGCUCCUCCGGGCAGCAUGCCCAGCCUCAACAGCAAGACCACCAGCAUCGAGAACCUGCGUCUGAGGGCCAAGCAGCACGCAGCCUCCCUGGGCCUGGACACACUACCCAACUGACCUGACCCCCCCCAGGGCAGGGCCGGGCAGCUACCAAGGACGCAGCCAGACAUUACGACCCCUUCUACUGACAUCUUCACUGACUGGACAUUAUAGACACUGCAUCAGUUUUGGACACUGGGACUGGACAUUAGAUCAAUACACUACUGGACAUUGCUUAUUUGACCCCCCUGCAGGGUAGAUGCAUAGACCCAGUCCAAUCGCACAACUGCUACCCACCAAACCAUGUGGAUCAGAGAACUCAAAGCUACACUCCUAUAUCGCAAAGCCGUCAUCUCAUACCGGGGCAAAUGCAUGGCGGUUAACAGUAUCUGAUGACCUCAACACUAGAGCUGGGGAGAGUGACAGUAAUAUUAAAGAUGAGCUUUGCAUGCAUCCCGAGACAAGGAUUACAACUGCACAAAGAUUGAACCAAGAUUCCAGCCUCAGAUCAAACCCAUUCAAAGAUUUACAACAGCACAGACUGGCCCUACACAUCCCACAAUUCCCUGCACCUGGCAGAUGGACAGUACUUCCUGUUAAAGAGCUACAUCCCACCUGCAAGAAUUUAUUCCACAUUGUACUGUAAAUAUUCCUCCUCGUUUGUUCCCAUCCCAUCUGCUUGGUUAGGGAGUAUAAAUCGGUGUCUCCUUUUGUGUCGAGGACUUAAACAGGAAACAUUCAAGCUAUUUUUGAAUUGUUCCAUUGUGGCUUUAUGCAAAGGACCUACAGUAGAAUGAGCCAAUACCUGCUGGGGUAAAGAUUAUAGUCUACGGUGGGAACAGAGCGACGUUCAAAUAUGAAUCUGUUUAAUCUAGCUAUGUUAUGUUCGCCUGGGUACCAGGUUGUUUCUGCAUAUGCGUUUAAGAGCGCCACAUCUUUACGGAGUCAAGAAAAAAAAAAAAUGGUGUUAUCGACUUAAGCAGAAACACACUGUCACCCAGGCCAAUGCUGUAUGUAUUUUAUCAUUGUAGAGCCCAGACAUGUAUUUCUCAAUUGUUUACUUAAAAUGUGAGUAAUUUAUCUGUUAAAAUGAAAGGGAAUAAACCACAUGUAUGAAGAUCGAUUGGUGAAUGAGAUG